UUCAGAUUCACGGAGUCGCCACGGUGUUUGUUUUGUUUUCAGCCGCUCGACAGAGUUAGUUUGGAUUGGAAACGUCAUUGGAUGUUCCUUUUUGCUCUUUUUUUGCCUUUAUAAUCCAGGUGGAUUCACAUAAUUAUGUUACUCAACCUAGAGUCAUGGAGUGUGUGUUAUCGUGGGGCAGAAAGGGACUUUUAAAUCUGUCUUUGCCCCACUCCAUCGACUGAUAUUCACCACAUACCCACAGAGGUUGGAUCCGAUUUGAAACCUGUUUUUUAUUACCCUGGAUUUCAAACUGAUCUCAUAUACAUAAAAGGCUUAUUGCUUUUUGGGGCUGCAAACAGCUAAAAAGACCAUUAACUUAUUUUUAAAGCGGAAAAAUGGAGGCUGUAAUUGAGAAAGAGUGCAGUGCUCUUGGUGGACUCUUUCAGACCAUUAUCACAGACAUGAAGAACAGUUAUCCUAUCUGGGAGGACUUUAUCAGCAAAGCUGUGAAGCUGCAGUCUCAGCUCAGGACAACUGUGGUUGCAGUCGCAGCAUUCCUGGAUGCCUUUCAGAAAGUGGCUGACCUGGCUACCAGCACACGAGGGGGUACCAGAGACAUCGGUUCAGCUCUCACCAGGAUGUGUAUGAGACACAGAAGCAUUGAAGCCAAGCUCCGGCAGUUUUCAGUGGCCUUCAUCGAGUGUCUGAUAACCCCUCUACAGGAGCAGAUGGAGGAAUGGAAACGAGGGGCAAACACACUUGAUAAAGACCAUGCUAAAGAAUAUAAGAAGGCUAGACAGGAGAUCAAGAAGAAAUCUUCAGACACCCUUAAACUGCAGAAGAAAGCAAAGAAAGGGAGAGGAGACAUCCAGCCACAGUUGGACAGUGCCAUGCAGGACGUCAGUGAUAAAUAUCUGCUGCUGGAGGAAACGGAGAAGCAGGCGGUCAGGAAAGCUCUGAUCGAUGAGAGGGGACGAUUCUGUGCUUUUGUAUCUAUGCUUAAACCUGUGGUGGAUGAGGAGAUGUCUAUGCUUGGAGAGAUCAUUCACUUGCAGACCAUUGCUGAUGACCUGAAGGCCUUGACCAUGGACCCCCACAAACUGCCACCUGCCAGCGAGCAGGUCAUACAUGAUCUAAAAGGUUCAGACUACACCUGGUCCUAUCAGACUCCUCCAUCCUCUCCCAGUACCACUAUAUCCAGGAAGUCUAGUAUGUGCAGCAGUCUGAACAGUGUGAACAGUAGUGACUCCAGAUCCAGUGGGUCGCACUCUCACUCCCCUUCCCCACACUAUCGCUAUCGCAGCUCAACACUGCCACAGCAAGCCCCGGUGCGCCUCUCCAGCAUCUCUUCACACGAUUCUGGCUUCAUCUCACAAGACGCCUUCCAAUCCAAGUCACCGUCCCCCAUGCCCUCUGAAUCUGCUCCACAGACUACCUCCAUCUCUGCCUCCUCGGAUGUUUCUGAGACCUGUCAAUCAAUCAGCGAGUGCAGUUCUCCCAGUUCCAUUGGCUCAGGUGGAGCCACUGCCUGCUCAGAGAAGUUAUCAAACGGCUACAAUCAUUAUGUGCUGGGAGAGUCGACGUACCUGAGCGGAGGGGGUACAGGAGGGGCCUUUCCUUUCUUUCCCCCUCCCUCCUCCAUUUCCUCUUCCUCCUCCUCCUCCUCUUCCUCCACAUUGUGCUCAUGGUCACGCCCGGGCUCAGCUCUCCUGCCUGAAUACCCCCACUAUUGCACCCUGGGCCCAGGCAUGAUCCCUUCCUCCAAAGUCCCCAGCUGGAAGGACUGGGCUAAACCAGGUCCUUAUGAUCAGCCCAUGGUGAACACACUAAGGAGGAAAAAGGAACCAAAGGAAGCUGUGGACAGAAAUGGUACUGUGCCCUCCUCUCAGCCAAUCACAGACAAUUCAACUCCUGAAGACGCCCAGGGAGCAAGGAGUAUGACUGUCGCACCAAAGGUGGAGGAUAUGGAGGCCCAUGAGGAGCUGGCACUGGCUCUGUCCCGUGGGCUGCAGUUGGACACUCAGCGCUCCAGCAGAGACUCUCUGCAGUGCUCCAGUGGCUACAGCACUCAGACAACAACACCCUGCUGCUCAGAGGACACCAUUCCCUCUCAAGUGUCUGAUUACGACUAUUUUUCGGUGAGUGGUGACCCAGAGGGCGAUCAGCAGGAUUUUGACAAGUCAUCAACCAUCCCACGCAACAGUGACAUCAGCCAGUCCUACCGCAAGAUGUUUCAGACCAAGCGUCCAGCUUCCACAGCCGGUCUUCCCUCCACGCCCGGCCCCGUCAUCGUCACGCCCGGAGUAGCUACAAUCCGCCGCACACCAUCUACCAAACCCUCUGUCCGUAGAGCUACCAUGGGCAUUGGACCUAUUCCCAUCCGAACCCCAGUCAUCCCGGUGAAGACGCCGACUGUGCCAGAUCUUCCAGGCGGGUUCUCCAGCCCACUAGGGGGCAGCAGCGAAGAAGGAGAGGAACCAGCCAGCCCUGACUCACCCACUCAAGGAGAGGACAUGGAGCAGGUGGGCAUCCUGCCUGUGGCAUCCUGGAGUGGGCAGGCCUCCACUAACCCUCCUUUGCCGCCUGGACCCCAAGGCUCAGCCGGAGGUUCAGGUGGACUUGAAGAAGACCCAGAAGACUUGGACUCAGCAGACCCACAGUGCGACACCAUGCUUCUAGCCAUCCGUAGAGGAGUCAAGCUAAAGAAAACUAUGACCAACGACCGAUCUGCGCCACGCAUUGCGUGAUAGAGCACGAAGAGUCCUUAAGUAACAUGUAUUAAUACUGUAUAAAGACUGUAUUCAAAUUGUUAAGCUUUAAUAGCGAGACUGGAGAGGACACUCACCACCCACAAGCUUGUUUGGUAACAAAGCAGAUAAACUUACAUCUGUUAAAGGUGGUACAAGCUGUGAGUGUGGGUUGUGAUCAGAUCUUGUUCUUGUCACAGAGUUCUUUUAAAGGUAUGUUCCAGGUUCAAUACAAGUUAAGCUCAAUCAACAGCAUUUGUAGCAUAAUGUUGAUUACCACAGAAAAUAAUUUAGACUCCUCCCUCGUUUAUUUAAACAAUUGAGGUUACAAUAAGGCACUUACAAUAAAAGUGAAUGUGGUCAGUCCAUUAACGUUAAAAAAUAAAAACAUUUUUAUAUGUAUUGCCACAAAACUAGGGAUGUGCGAGACUAGUCGACUAAACGGUUCUGAUGCUGCUAGUCAACACUGGAAUUACUAGACGGUUAAUUUAAUUUACGUUUGACUUUAUAUUUUUACAGAGGCUGCACUUAAAUUACUGUCAUAUUAAUGUUACAUAUUUUAAAUAGAAUUAAUAAUACAAAUAUUAUUUUAAAAAAAGAGGAUAUCUGGAGCAGAUACAGAGUUUAAUUUCACCUCAGGCUGUGCGUGCUUCUUCCCUCUCCGCGGCGCGCAGGAAAAUGUCCUACAUUGUAACUGUUAUUGGUUAAUGUUCUUUACCGAACAGCUGUCAUAAUAGAUCAAUGGUUAAUGCACGACUGCAACUUUUCAGCACAUUUUUUUCUCUCUCAUAGAUUUGGCUUAGUCUACCUGUUAAUUAUUUUCAACAAUGUCCUGACUGUUUUAAUAUGUUCAGUAACUUUUACUUGGUGAUUUCCAUUUAGAACAGGCUUUUAGGGUUGUUCCAUUGAUCCUGCACUAUUAAUUCAACUGUUUUCAAUAAAUAUCUCUAUUAAAUAUUCGCUAAUGUUCAUUCAGUGAAUGCGUGUCAUGUUCUAUAUUUAGUGUACAAUGAUCAUAAUUCAAGGCGAGCACGUCGCAGAUAAAUGCCGCUUUUCAGUGGAAUUUAGCAUCGGAUUUGGAAUAGAUUAAGUAUUUUAAAUGGGUCGCAUAAACACACUUUUUUUUUUUUUUUUUUUUUUUUUUUUUUACUGUUCUCUGAAGGUUGGUUUCUCUUUAGACUAGUCAACUAGUUGGUUACAAAACUUCCGUUUAAACGACAGUCAAAUUAGUCGUCGCGCACAUCCCUACGCAAAACGUUAACAUAAUACGUGUAAACAUGAUUUUAGUGUGAUCACUUGCAGGGUUUACCUGCGUUAUGUCGUAAGGGCAACAAAGUUGUAGUAUUGGAUAGAGAAGGGAGGAGUCAAAAUAAUUAUUUGUGGUAAUCAACGUUAAGCCUCAAAUGCUGUUGAUUAAACGUAACUUGUAUUGAACCCGAAACCUUCCUUUAAUGUCAACCUGACCUGACUUUUCACCUCAUUGGCUCAUUUUGUCCCGAUGAGUCGUGAUAAGAGUCUUAUUGUCGCAAUAUAGAAUGUUAAAGGAAUUUUAUUUUCAGUUGUUUGCGUCCCUGCGCAAUUACGUUCUGUAGUAGUUUCAUCGUGUAUAUUUUAAUGUAUAACACAAGCAUGCAGCCUUACCUCUGUAACUUUAGUUGAUUUAGUCUUAGGUUAACUUACUAUAAACAUAAUCUACAAAAACUAAAUGUUUAGAUUGUUUAUUCUUAGUAACAACAUUAAUAUUGUUACAAUGCUUAGAGUUAUUAAUAUCCUGCUUGAAUAUACUUUAAUUUGAAGCUUUAGCAAAAAAAUAAAUAAAUAAAUAAAUAAAAAGGACUUUAUUUGUAUGAAAAUGUAAAUAUCGACAGAGGUAAGAAGGAACCCACAGAUUUAAUUUAUUUGUUUCUUCGGCACUCUCUACUUUAAUCCUUAACCAGAUAAGCUUUCAUUUAUGUGAUGCAAGAUUAUUUUGUAUAUUAUGUUAAUACAGUGCAAGUUUAAUAAGUUGCCAAAAGCACACACACACAUACUCUUACACUCACUUCCUCUUUCCAUAUUAUAGAGCACAUGAACGUCUCUCUCUCUGUGGCAAAUCUCAGUUUAUGUUUUUGUUGAGCAGCUAAAUACUAAUGUUAGCAAGUAUACUAGCUGUACUGUAAUAUUAUAAGCAGUAUACUAUACUCAGUUAAUUAGAAAGGAAGUGGUUAUUGUUUGGUGCGAUGCCCUUUAUGUAUUUCCAGUUAAAUUAUUUUUGUUCAAGCAUAACACAGUAUAUCAGUGUACAUGUUUAAAAAUGGCAAACUAGGGCUGUGAACCUGUGCUGCUUCUAUUUAAAGUCAUGCUCUUUAAACGAAAGCAUGUGGUGGAUUCAGCGUAUUUCCCAGGAAAUGUAACAUUCAGUACGGUUGACAAUAUAAAGGGAAAUGUCAUUUUCUGAAUUACCAGUACAUUGUAAUGUGAUGGAGCAUGUUUUAUUGUAUCAUCUAUAGUCAGCAAAUGUGAAUGCUGUGUUUCAGUGACUCAAAUUGAGCACAAAGGAGCUGCCAGUCUUAGUACAAGCACAUCAGAGAGAGGUGAGAUGGAUUUUGGAUGUACUAUGACUUAAGUCCUUAACCAUUUCAUUGGUCAUUCUUUUGGUGCCCAAACCAUCUUGUUGUUAGCAUUUAAUAUACUUUUUACCUCCUUUAUUUAAUUCAGCACUCAUUGCCUUUCUUUCCGUAAGGUUUUCAUGCAGCUAUACAGUGGAGCAAAACUGUUCAGUGACAUUGUUGGUAAAAUCACAUCCUCUGUGACGUACAUUUGAUUCUUUUGGUUUCUUUUUAUUGUUGGUGCUUUGAUUCUGUUAUAAAUUAUUUUUUAUUCAAAAUCCAGUUGAGGCCAACAGGUCCACUGAGGGGGUGAAAAGAAACCCACUCCAUACAGUUAGAACACAAAAAUGAUUCAGGGGCAGCACAAACAAUUUGUAGGGCGCUACAAACUUUUAUUAUAUUUUGGGAUUUUUCAUUUGAGUAUUCGUGUACAGAAUCCAAAAAUGUUGUAAGAUAUAAUCAAACCGUGUGAAACUUCGUUAUCAAAUACAGAGUUACACUUUUGUGACAAAAGGAAGAUCAUAAUUUCCUCUCAGUGGACCAGCUUUAGUAAUGUCGUCUCAAUACAAUGGUGUAAAAUUAGUUACAAAUUAGCGGAUGCUUUACCUGCAUAUGAUGCUAUAAUCUUGUAUGUGUGUACUCUCGCGAUCAAACAAAAAUGUUUGAAUAUUGUCAAUGUACAAACUUUUAGUUCUAACCAGCCUUUACUUCAGUUAACCACUAUCUAGAUAUUUACUUUCAGAGCAUUUCUAGAUAUGCCUUUCUUUUUAAAAGCUAUCAAAUUGUAAGUGUAAGCCGAUUGCUGUCCGAAAAAAAAAAAAAGGUUCUCUUGCUUAUUGUAAAAGCUGAUAUUUAGUAUUAUUAUUAUUAUUUUUUUUUUUUUUUGAUAGUAUCACAGUUUGAGUAGUGUGAGAGUUGUUCUCAACACUGUGCAGUUUAUAAAAUCACCUUCUGUAUGCUUUUCCCUGUAUAAUUACUGUUGCAUACAUUAAAUAUAAAAUAGUUAUUGAA